AGUCCAGGAUAAAACUGUUUGUCUGCGUUUUGGGGAACACCGUCGGGAACUUAUUUUAUCACCCAUCCAACUGUAGGCUACUAGCCGCCGAGCCACAUUAUUUUUUUUACUGAAUUGCUCGAGAUAACCACGGAUUGAGGAUUAUUUCUGUUAGGGUCCUAUGCUGUGGGACUAGCAUGAGACAGAGCCCAGCACCGAUCCAGCGCUCCAUGGACAUACCCUUCCCCAGUGCCCGGGAGGCCAGUCAGCUUCUGUAAAUGAGGUGGCCAUGGAGAGAAGAAGCGGCUGUGGAGUACAUCAGAUCUGCUUUCUGUUUCUCUUACUGUUUUCACUGUAUCCUGUCUACUGUCGAGCCAGUUGGAUGUGGUUGGGAAUAACCUCCGUGGGAGUACCAGAGAAACUGGCCUGCGCCAAUCUCCCGCUGACGCACAAGCAGAAGGACCUGUGCAAGAGAAAGCCCCAUCUCCUGCCAAGCAUCAAGGACGGCGCGCGCAUCGGCAUCGCGGAGUGCCAGACGCAGUUCGAGCACGAGCGUUGGAACUGUUCUACCGCCAAAGAGCUCUCUGUGUUCGGCUACGAGCUAACCAGUGGGACCAAGGAGACAGCGUUUAUCCACGCGGUGAUGGCGGCUGGGCUGGUCCAGGCAGUGACGCGCUCAUGCAGUGCGGGCAAUAUGACAGAGUGCGGCUGUGACACCAGCCUGCAGGGCACAGGCUCGCCAAGCGAAGGGUGGCACUGGGGCGGCUGCUCAGACCAUAUCCAGUACGGUACAUGGUUCAGCAGGAAGUUCAUAGAUAAUUCAGUGAAGAAUAUAUCCUCAGCCAGGGGAGGGGAGGCACUGCUCACCAUGAACCAGCACAACAGUGAAGCCGGGAGACAGGCUGUCGCCAAGACGAUGGCCACCGACUGCCGUUGCCACGGCGUGUCGGGCUCGUGUGCCGUCAAGACGUGCUGGCGCACCAUGGCGUCGUUCGAGCGCGUGGGCAACUUCCUGAAGGAGCGCUACGAGGGAAGCGUGCAGGUGCUGGACCGUUCCAAGAGGAAGGUGAGGAGGAAGGAGAAGGACCAGCGUCGCGUGCCCAUCGGGAAGGAAGAACUUAUCUUCCUCAACAAGUCUCCUAACUACUGUCUGGAGGACCGGCGCUGGGGCGUGGCGGGCACUAGAGGGCGCCGGUGUAACCGCACCUCGGCCGGCCCCGACGGGUGUAACCUGCUCUGCUGCGGUCGAGGGUAUAAUACACACGUGGUUCGCCACGUAGAGAGGUGCGAGUGUAAGUUUGUGUGGUGUUGCUAUGUGAGGUGUCAGAAGUGUGAGAGCAUGAAUGACAUGCACACCUGUAAAUAGGGAGGGGGAGGCAGGUGAUGGCACACAAACACUCACACUGUCCCCAAUGAGAGACUAAAAGACUCCCCCAAUCAUUCCUCUCUCCCAUGGACAAGGGGGAGGGGGGGCGCAGCACCAACAACCCUCCAUCUCAACUCUCAGGAAGACAGUAUUUAUACACCACACCAUCAGAGGUGGACAAAGACAGUGGAAAAUAGUUGACUUUGAUUGGCCUAUCAGGGCCCAGCCUUGUAGGAGGCUAUCCAAUGGGACAGGAGUUCCACAGUGUUUGAGGCUUGAGGAUCCACACACUCUGACUACCAAACAUGGACAUCUUCAUGAUUUACUCAAGAGUAGAAAUGAGCCACAAAACUCAAUGAUAAAAACAAACCGAACUUUGAUGAAAGUUAAAACCUCACUCUUCAAGUCUUCAAAUGGACUCGGUGAAGGAUGUGUAAGUGGAGAACAAAGGGACCAAAAAGUGCCUGUAGAGGGCGGCAACCCAGUCCUGCUGGGUCGCAACAAUGUCAUUACAUUUCCAGAUCAGAACGAAGUCUCAUAUAGACAACUGCAGGCUAGAGCUAUAGACAGUACAGGGAUUGGGAAACCGUCAGAGGUUGCCAUCUUUUGUGUCAUUUUUGGGGCUCUCUUACAGGCUAGGGAGUAAGGACAGACUCAUGGCUUUAUGGUGAUUGAUGGUGGAUAGGUUAGACUUAUUCUUGUUGGAAAGCUUGCAGUAUCAAUGCAUAGAAAUAAGUCUUGAAAUAAUCAUUCAAAUGCUUUGUAUUUUUGGAAUAAACUGCUAAUGACUUCAAAAAUAUAUGGUACCAUGACAUUUUUAUUUGAGAUAUUUUGGAAAGGUUUCUUGAAAUCUACAAAUUUUGUUUUUUACUAUUCAGAUUGCACAAGUCAGGGCAGGGUAAAGCGCCGGGUGCUUUGACUGAGAAUAUGUCAGAUAACGUAAUAGUUUUGUAAAUGGUUUACAUUUUGUAAAUAUUAAAGGAUGCUGCGUCACAC